ACAGAUCAGCAAGUGCUCGGUUCUAAAUUGCGACCGGUCUAUGAACUCGUUGACUGUUCCUGAAAAGGAUGAUUAGGUACAAUGCGCUAGACCCACUCGCUCCGACUUUUCUGAUAGUAAAACUCGAAGAAAAUUACUUUCGGAUACCGACCUCGUUGAGCAUGUUCAUGAUGAAAGAGCCAGGACCGCCCGGCGAGGGGUCGAACGCUUCUUCUGUGACAAAGGGGGAGGGGGAGGCGGCGUCGGUGGCGGUGGCGGCAACGACAAGGCCGACGCAAUCCUCGCAGUCCCCUGAAUCGUCGGAGAAGGGCAAGGACAGCGGCGAUCAGUCCGAGGACUUGGACGACACGCCGUUGGACUUCAGGAAAAAGCAGGAGGAGCAGAGGAAGAAAGCGUCGAGCGAGGAGCCGCCUAAGAAGAAGCACACCUGCGAGAUCUGUUACGCCUCGUUCGACCGUAAGAGUAAACACACCAGGCACAUGUACAAGCACAGCAACUCGAGGCCUCACAAGUGCGCCAUCUGCACGAAAGGCUUCAAGACCAGCGCCCAUCUGGCCCGGCACAUGGAAAUCCACGACGAGCCGGUCACGUGGCACACGUGCAGCCUCUGCGACUUCAAGGCGCGCACCAAGCCUUACCUGAAGAUCCACUAUAUCCGCAAGCACACCGAGGACUACAAUUACAAGUGCGAGCAGUGCGGCAAGAUGUUCAAGGUGCAGUCGGACUAUACGACUCACGUGAAGGACCACGACACGGAGUCCUGUGUCUGCGACAUCUGCGGGUCCUCGUACCCGAGCAAAAGUUCUCUGUACUUUCACAAGUAUUACAAGCACAAGACGAAGGUGAAGAAGUUCCAGUGCCAGACGUGCAAGAAGAAGUUCAAGACACAGAAGAACCUGGACAGCCACAUGGAGCUGCACAAGAUCAAGUAUGUGUGUGAACAGUGCGGCAUGGAGUCUAAGACUAAGUACGGUUUGACCAAGCACCUUAGGACCCAUUCCGGGGAAAAGUCUUAUCUGUGCGCGAUCUGCGGGAAAACGUUCGGCUGCCUCAGCUCCCAGAAGAUUCAUCUGCUGACGCACGUCGGCGAACGACCGUACGUCUGCGACAUCUGCGGACAGAGCUUUACACAGAGGUCGCCGAUGAUGUUGCAUCGGAGGAAGCAUCCCGGCGUGCACCCGGCCCCUCCGCCCAUUAAGAUUACCAAUCUGCUUCACGGCGUGCAGGACAAGAUCAUUGUGAAUAAGAGCAGCAAGUAACCGAUGAGAACGACAGUGUACCGCGAGUUACUUUUGUAUAGUCUUUUCAACGUGAUACGGUUACCAUCGUCAAGGAGCAAGGAGGCCCAUUCGCUUCGAUCAGGAUUCCGCUGUUAUGCUGGGUUCAUUUGUGCGUCAAAAGUGUCACGAUCUCUUAGUGUCGCACGGAAAUGUUAUAUUUUUCGAACCAGUUUAGAGAACGCGUUCUAUUGUUUUUCUUUUGUUGUGCACGCGCAGUCACGCGAGAUCAAGGUACGUUGAUUAGAGUGACACGUAAGUUUUUGUUUUUUCGAUUACGAAUACGAUGAAUAAUGUUUGUAAACUUAGUUGACGUUUUUGAUAUUUUAUGAUGCAAUUUUUUCUUUUUUUGUUUAAAAAGCUCUGUAUCGAGUUUACGAGAUCAGUUUUAUUUGUUUUAUUUUGCCGAUUCACGAGCGUACAUAUUUCUGUUAGCAAAUAAAGGCGACAGAGUUUAUAUAGAAAUACAAGAAAGAUUAUUUUGUCGGAAACACAGUCGUUAAUUUUUCAUCGAAUUGUUGUCCUGAUUCGUAAUCGAGCGAACUCUGAACGUUGCUAAAAGAAAGUUCUGCAAAUUUUAAUAUUUGUAAAUUCAGUAUUCUCGAAAUCUGAUAACCGUGACAUUUUGUAAGAGAAAAGAACGGGACAAGAGUCAAUACCAUGGUAAUCUUCGAUUUAGCACCGCUGACUUGUAAAGUAAAUUUUUUGUAAAUAUGUAUAAUUUCCUUCAAAAUUAGAGAUUUCGCAUGACGAUCACUAAAUAGCAUAUAUGAAAAUUUCCAACAAUUGUGAUGUAACAAAGUAACGUUUCAUAUUGUUUUCUUUUUAAGUCUUCCAUUUAAUUUACUUUACCGGUUUAAUGACUAUCGUUGAAAAAUCAAUUGUUCUCUCAAGGUCUCUAACUCAUUGUAACGACCAUGAUUUAUCUGGGACUCGCAAUGAAAACAGCUUGAGCUUGAGCGAGUACAAUUUAUUUUGAUUCUACUCUUCUGGAAACAAAAUAUUUUACGUUUGUUGCUUUUGUUUGCCUCUACCACAGCAAAAGCAUGUUUGUUGAAGCAUAAUAAUAGUGUUUUUCAUUUAAGGAUUCUACGAAAAGAGAUCGGCAACAGAUAGAAUUAGAAAAUUGUGAUGUUUAAAGUGAAUUGGUGAUAGUUAAAUAUUAUAUUACGGUUCGAUGGUACAGGAGAAUCAAUAAUUCGAACAUCGAUCUGCGAAAGAAUAGCUUUUACAUAUAUUAUAUAUAUAUAUAUAAAUAUACAAAUAUAAGAAUAAUAUCGAAAUGUAAUAUAAAUAUUCAUAUUCUUACGAAGAAAGUUUAUAUCACCUGUAAAUUUGAAGAAAGAAAUAUAUGUAUACAUAUACAAUAUUGAAACGAA